AUGUGUUUAGUUAAAUAUGGAGCAGAUGUGAAUGCUGUUUCCGACACAGGUUCAACUCCUGUUAGAAGCGCUUGUUUUAUGACACACCUUGACAUAGUUAGCUAUCUAGUUGAAAAUGGUGCAGAUAUACAGAGAGGAAAUUACAAUGGAGGAACAUGUCUUAUUAAUUCAGUUCAAAGUGUUCAAUUAUGUUUGUAUCUUUUACAACAUGGUGCUGCUGUCAAUGCGAAAGAUAUUCAAAAUAAAACUGCUCUACAUUAUGCCAUACAAGAAUAUCGUUUUGAAACGUCAAAAGUCCUUCUAGACCACGGAGCGGAUCCACACGCGAGAAGCGGAUGCAACGAUGAUGCUCUACAAACGGCGUGUCUUAAAGGAGCC